UGGACAAAUUUAUUUUGCUAACAGGGUUCAAUAUGAGAAAUCAGCCUCAGAAUUCCAGACGUACCGCCUCCGUAAAGAGUUCAGUGAAAAUCGUCUCUGGAUCUUCCAGGAUCUUGAGAACAAAAUAGUUGUAUUUCUGAAAAAUCAGCUGGAAAAGUUAAAGAAAAUAUUACAAAAAGAGAACACACAGUACUUUGUGCAAGACUUCAAUGAGGGCAUGUGCAGUAUCAAAGAAGCAGCUCUGGAUAUCACACUUUACUUUCUAAGAGAUAUGAAACAAGAUAAACUUGCAGAUACUCUAGAAGAUGAGCUCGUCCUUAUUCAUCAGCGACAGCUGAAAUCAAACCUGAAGAGGAAGUAUCAAUGUGUGUUUGAAGGAAUUGCAAAGCAUGGUGAUUCUACACUUCUGAAUAACAUCUACACAGAUCUCUAUGUCACUCUGGGUGGUAGUGAACAGGUCAAUACUGAACAUGAAGUAAGACAGAUCGAGGUUGCUUUCAGGCGUCAUGAAUCACAAGAGAUACAGGUUGAAUGCACAAAUUUGUUUGAAGCACCUGAACAAGACAAGGAGAUCAGAACUGUACUGACAAAAGGAGUUGCUGGCAUCGGAAAAUCAGUCUCUGUGCAAAAGUUUAUUGUGGAUUGGGCUGAAGAAAAAGAAAAUCAGGAUAUUAGCUUUGUAUUUCCUCUUCCUUUCCGGGAGAUGAACUUAAAGGAGGAAGAAAACCAAAGCUUGAUGAGCCUUAUAAGUCAGUUUUUCCCAGAGAUAAAAGGACUGAACCUUACAAGAAGGAGUCAGUUCAAAGUCCUCUUCAUCCUUGAUGGAUUGGAUGAAUGCCGACUUCCGCUUAACUUUGAUGGUAAUGAAACAUGGCGUGAUGUAUCGUCACCAGCCUCUCUGGAUGUUCUUCUAACUAACCUCAUAAAGGGAAAUCUGCUUCCUUCUGCUCUCAUCUGGAUCACCACCAGACCAGCAGCUGCCAGUAAGAUUCCUCCUGACUGUAUCGAUCGGCUGACAGAGAUACGGGGAUUCAAUGAUGCACAAAAGGAGGAGUACUUCAGAAAAAGAUUCACAGAUGAAAAUCAGGCCAACAAAAUUGUUGAUCUUGUUAAACAAUCAAAGAGUCUGUUUAUCAUGUGCUACAUCCCAGUUUUCUGCUGGAUUUCAGCAACUGUUCUCCAGAACAUUUUGGAAAUUAAAAGAAAAAAUUAUAUGAAAAAUGCCAAGUUUGUUGAUGCUUCAAAUACUGAAGAUACUCCCAAGACUCUGACACAAAUGUACACUCACUUUCUCCGCUUUCAGAUCCAGCAGAGCAGACGGAAGUAUGAUGUUUCCUGGGAUAAAGAUACCAUCCUUUCACUGGGGAAACUGGCAUUUCAUCAGCUGGAAAGAAACAACCUGAUCUUCUAUGACACAGAUCUGGAAGCUUGUGGUAUUGACGUCUCUAAAGCAUCGGUGUAUUCAGGCAUGUGUACCCAGAUCUUUAAGGAGGAAACAGGGAUCAUUCUUGGUACCAUGUACUGCUUUGUUCACUUGAGCAUUCAGGAGUUUAUUGCAGCCCUUUAUGCACAUCUGUUUCUAGACCUCAACAACAAAAGUGUCUUUGAUCAAGACUCUAAAGAACAGGAAAACAAAAGUGAAAUCUUGACUGAUUUGCUCAAGACUGCAGUGGACAAGGCACUUGAGAGUGACAAUGGACAUUUGGACCUUUUCCUUCGAUUCCUCCUCGGUCUGUCACUUGAGUCAAAUCGUCCACUUUUAAGAGGUCUGUUAACUCAGCAAGACAGCAAUGACCAGAGCUACAAGGAAAUAGUUCAGUACAUCAAGCAGAAAUUAGACUCUAAUCUAUCUCCAGAGAGAUCCAUCAAUCUGUUUCAUUGCCUGAAUGAAUUGAAUGACCACACUCUGGUGAAAGAGAUUCAAAGCCAACUUAACAAAGGAAGUCUUUCGUCUGCUGAUCUUUCUCCUGCCCAGUGGUCUGCUGUGGCCUUUGUAUUGUUGACGUCAGAGGAGGAGCUGGAGGAGUUUGAUCUACAGAAAUUCAAGAAAUCAGACGAAUGUUUCUUUAGACUUUUGGAAGUUGUCAAAACCUCCAAAAGAGCUCUGUUAAAUGAAUGUGACUUAACAGACAGAAGCUGUUCAGCUCUGGCUCCAGUUCUUGUAUCAGACUCCAAUCUGAAAGAGCUCAACAUGAACCGUAAUAACCUGCAGGACUCAGGAGUGAAGAAACUCUGCAUUGGACUGAAAAGUACAAAUUGUAAAUUAGAGAUAUUGAGGCUCAGUAAGUGUGAUCUAACAGGGAAAAUCUGUUCAGCUCUGGCUUCAGUUCUCCGUUCAGACUCCAGCAGUCUAAAGGAACUUGAUCUGAGCAAUAAUAAUCUGCAAGAUUCAGGAGUGAAGCUACUCUCUGGUGGACUGAAAGAGAACUGUAAACUGGAAAAACUCAGACUCUCUGAGUGUAAUGUAACAGAAGAAGGUUAUAAAGCACUGGCUUCAGCUCUGAGAUUAAAUCCUUCACACCUGAUAGAGCUGGAUCUCACAGGAAAUGAUCCUGGACAAUCAGGAGUGAAGGAGCUCAGUGAUUUACUACAUGAUCCAAACUGUCAACUGCAGACACUAAGGUUUUUGGGCCCUGCCGCAGAUGAAGCCUGUCAGUAUGUGACAGGAAUUGUGGGUAAAAACCUGUUACUCCUGAGAGAUCUGAAUCUGAGUGAACGUGAACUAGGAGACACACGAGUGAAUCAGAUCACUGCUCUACUGCAGGAUAAACACUGUAAACUCAACACACUGAUACUUUCAGGAUGCAGUAUCACUGAAGAUGGUUAUAAAGCUCUGGCUUCAGCUCUGAGAUCAAACCCUUCACACCUGACAGAGCUGGAUCUCAGAGGAAAUGAUCCUGGACCAUCAGGAGUGAAGCAGCUAUAUGAUUUACUACAGGAUCCAAACUGUAAACUGAAGACACUGAGACUGUCAGACUGCAGCAUCACUGAAGAGGGUUAUAAAGCUCUGGCUUCAGCUCUGAGAUCAAACCCUUCACACCUGAUAGAGCUGGAUCUCACAGGAAAUGAUCCUGGACAAUCAGGAGUGAAGGAGCUUAAUGAUUUACUACAGGAUCCAAACUGUCAACUGAAGAAACUGAGGUUAGGAUGCUGUGAUGUGACAGAUGAAGGUUGUUCUGCUGUGACUUCAGCUCUGAAAUCAAACCCAUCACACCUGAGAGAGCUGAACCUCAGUGGAAAUCAACUAGGAGACUCUGGAGUGAAAUACCUCUGUGAUCUACUGAUGAACCCACAAUGCAAGCUGGAAAUACUGGAUCUGUGUGGAUGCAGAAUUACAGAGAAACAGUGUCUGAUCCUGAUUCUAGGUCUGUGUUCAAACCCAUCACAUCUGAGAGAAACCAAACUCAGAAACAAACAAAAAAAAAACUCAGGAGUGAAUCACUUAUGUGAUGUACUGAAGGAUUCACACUGUAAACUGGAGAGAUUGAGGUUAAGAUACUGCGAUAUAACAGAUGAAGGUUGUUCUUCUCUGACUUCAGCUCUGAAAUCAAACCCAUCACACCUGAGAGAGCUGGAUCUUAGUGGGAAUAAAGUAAAAAACAAAGGAGUGAAGCACUUAUGUGACAUACUGAAGAAUUUAGACUGUAAACUGGAGAGAUUGAGGUAAGAAGCCUUUGUUCAUUAGAGGUGCUCCUGGAGGCCAACUUUUUGCAGAGUUUAGCUCCAACCUGUUCCAACACACCUGUCUGCUGUAAUCUUAAAUAUAUUUAAUUAUAUGCUUCAGGUGUGUUU